AUCAUUUCCUUCUCUCUUUUUCAUAAUUUCCUUCUCUCUCGCUGCCCCGCCUGCACAGCCGCGUCGCCGGUCCUUAAAUCAUUUGAUUAACAAUGAAAACUUGGGGAAGACUGAUAAAUCGAGCAAUUCUUCUGAGCAGUAGCAAUGGCGGAUUACUAUCGAAACCCUUAAAUCCUCGAAAUGGGGCUUGUGGGGCCGCCGCAUUCCGCCGGAACAUCUUCUCGUCUCCUUCGAGUUAUUUGUCGGAUUUGAACAUGCUCAAGUCUUCCUUACGCUUCUCCCAGCGGAAUCAGUUUCAAGAGCAGAGGAGGAGCAUGUUUAUCCAGACACAGUCAACUCCUAAUCCCGCCUCACUCAUGUUCUAUCCCGGGAAGCAAGUUAUGGAGACAGGGAGUGCCGACUUUCCUAAUGCACGCUCUGCUAUGAGUUCGCCACUGGCAAAGAGUCUGUAUGGAAUUGAUGGAGUGACCAGGGUCUUCUUUGGAUCAGAUUUCGUGACCGUAACAAAGUCAGAUGAAAUCUCAUGGGAUUUGCUCAAACCUCAAGUCUUUGCAGCAAUCAUGGAUUUCUAUUCUUCUGGACAGCCGUUGAUAUUGGAUUCAGCUGUUGCUGCCUCCAUGGACACAGCCAUCAAGGAAGAUGAUUCAGAAACUGUUGCCAUGAUCAAAGAGCUCGUAGAAACUCGAAUACGGCCAGCAGUACAAGACGACGGUGGUGACAUUGAGUAUGUAGGGUUUGAUCUGGACACCGGAAUAGUUAAGCUGCGAAUGCAAGGAGCCUGCAGCGGAUGCCCUAGCUCAUCCGUCACUCUGAAAUCUGGCAUUGAGAACAUGCUAAUGCAUUACGUCCCCGAGGUCAAAGGUGUGGAACAAGAAUUUGAUGAAGAAGAAGAUGCAACGCUAACUGGAGCGCCACACGAGUAAUUGACACUCUAUCACCACUGUCCACAGUCCACACACAUAUACAUAAAAGAGGAAUAAACUUUCUACUACUAGUUUGGCCAUCUCUCCAUCAUCCCGGAAAGGAGUACGAACAUCUAAUACAGUAGAAAAUUAGUUGCUUUGAUAAAGUAGAUAGUUUUCUUCAUUAUGGUUUGCUUUGUUAAAGCUAGUGGGGUUUUCAAAUGAGAUUAAACUUCAGUUACAUUAAUCUUCAACAAUAAAGAUUUUAAAUUAUAAACAUAGAGAGAGUUUCAAUAAA